AUGCUGCUACUUCCGGUUAACAUCAUCUUCUUCUGUGCCGUGUGCGUUCGCGUGCUGAGACUUCAGCCAGACACGCAAAUGGGAAAGAUGGUUCCAGUGAUCAUCGAAAGUGGCGACAUUUACGAAGCCUUCGCGCUGUGGUCGGUGCUUGUUCUCUUCGUCAAGGUGGUGCAGGCUGAGAUGGCGGGCAGCCACUCCAACGCCAUGAGCUCGUUCAGGUCCUUCAAGUCGAUCAGCCUCCAGGGUGUCAAAGCCUGGGUCUUCAUUCAGUCGGCCGCGGUAGUGUUGAAGCUUAUUCUUCAAGGCAUCGUGGCUGUCUAUGUCCCGACCUUCUGCUACUGGGCUUCGAAGUCCUGCACGAGCUGCGAGAAGCUUUAUGAGGAGAACGUCGCCAUUGCUCUGUCUGCUGUAACUUUCCUGCUUUGCUCCUUCGCCAUCAUGUUUGUGUUCUACUUUGAGUCUGGGUACCGGCAUCACUUGGAGAAGACGGAGCCCUUGUGGAAGUUCCUGGGCGUGAAAGGCAUCGUGUCCGUGACCUACUUCCAGUGGCUGGUGAUCUCCGCCCUCGCCUCACCAUUGAAAUGGACUGGCAACCAAGUCUACCUUUUCCACUGCAUGCUCUACGCAUUCUGGAUGCCGCUGCUUGCACUGGUGCAUACGUUCCUGGCCUACCCAUUUUAUACUCUUCGCAACUCCGAGUCGGACCUGGCUCCCUGGUUGGUGGCCUGGCUGAAGACGCUUGGGGUUGGCGAGGAGCGUGCCGAGGAGUGUCUCACGCCUUCCACGCCCUCCCUGCCGUCGAUCUCAGGAACGAUUGACGGUCGCGCAGAUGUGCUCCUGGACCAGGCUUCCAGUGGAGAAGUGCGAAGCGUCAGCCGCGUAUCAUCAGAGCUGCUUUCCCAUCCAGCUUCUUCCAAAUGGCAGCUGCUGCUCUACUUCAUAGUAGCUGUGCUGUCCUGCGCGGCAAGCUCCAAGGCGCUUCUGACAGUCCUCCCAGCCAGCGCAGCGCCCUUCGAGGAUCCGCUCCGCAACAUCUCCUGUGCAGGACAGGGAGAUUUGGCACACUUCCUGCUCAACCGCCAGGACUUGCACUUUGCAAUGCUGAAUGACACGGCCGAACGAUGGUCUUCUCCGGGGGUUGCCGGUGCCUGGCUGCCCCUCUGUUCAGCCACCCCCUUGGGCUGCGCACCAGGUCAUUUCGCAGAUCGCCGUCCACCUUCGGUGGGCUGCUCCGCUGAAGGAGUCUACACGUGGAGUGGAUCAUGCAGUGCAAUUUCCUGUGGAGCUCCCCCCCACCUGCCGCAUGCGGUUCCACGCAUGCACGACAUUGAGCGGCAGAACUGGACCUAUGGCGUCACAAUUCACUACGACUGUGACAAGCCUGGAUAUCGUGGUGAUUUGAGUGCCGUGUGCAACCUGACCGGGACCUGGGUGGUCCAUGGCUCCUGCGUGGAAGUGACAUGUGGCACCCCUCCCGAGGACGUCCCGCAUGCUCAUGCUGUCUUGGACCCCAGUCGCGGCAACGUCAGCACAGGCAUGGUGGUCCGGUACCAGUGUGACGAGAUGUACAACGGCACGCUGCUCCGAGGCACGAUCGUGGUCGAACGUAUGGAUCCAGACGUUGAAGUCUUGUUGAAGAAGAUUGAAGAGUUGAAGAGGGAGAAGCGGGAAGAGGAGGAGAAACGGAAAAGGGCCGAAAAGAGAGUGGAGCAGUCGUUUCAGUUGAAAUGCAGCCACGAGGAGUCUAGUGAGCGAGCCAAGCAGCUCAAGUCCUUGGACGUGUGUUUCGUGCUGGAUUGUACGAACUCGAUGCAGCCCUUUAUCGAAUCGGUCAAGCAGAAGAUCGCCGAAAUCAACGUGCAGAUUGAGAAAAGGUUGGGAAGCGGAGCCAAUGUGAGGUAUGCCAUGGUUUGCUAUCGAGAUUUCGAUUGUGCAGAGCAUCCCGUGAUCCUGCCGUUUGGCGACGUGCGUGCCUGCCAGCAUUUCCUGGAAGGGGUCCGGGCAACCGGUGGUGAGGAUUGGUGCGAGGAUGUUCUUGCAGGGCUGGAGGCAGCCGUAAACCUCGAUUGGCGAGGUCAUGUGCGACUGCUAUUUCUCCUGGCGCAGACGCCUAACCACGGUCCGCGUUUUCAUGAUAAGGCCCGGGGAGCAGGACACCAGGAAGGUCUUGUCCGAAUCUUCAGUUGGGAUGAUCACUUUGAUGUGGACACCGGCAAAGCAGACAGAGUCCUCCUCACUCUUGUCCAGAAGGAUAUCCACUUCCAUUGCCUCGAGAUUUCUGGCUCAACUUCGAAAAUGUUUGAAGCCUUCCAGGAAGUCUACAACAACAAGGAUGAGGGGCGCGUCAUGAAGGUGCACACAAUGACUUCGGACGCAGAAUCGCUGCUGUCAACAAUUGUAAAGGCAUCUUGGAGCUCAGUGCAGGAGACGUUCACUAGGACAUCGGCAUCGUGGUCCGUGGUCACUGGUCAAGAGCAACAUCUGCCAGAGUUCAAUGUCAGUAAAGUAUCCCUUGAUCCCAACAUCGAUUGGGAGAACAUGACGGGGUGGCAGAAGUUCCAGGCCAGACUUGAGUCGGUAGAGGUACAAGAUGAGCUUUGCACCAAGUUCCGGACCCACGAGACCAGAACCACGGUCCACAUUGCACCAAAGCCAUUCAGCCACGGCGCCAUGCGCGCUGCGUGGGCACUCUAUGACGAGAGCAUUAAUGCAAAGCUCGUCGCGAAAAGAUACAUGAGACAGGAUUCACGGUACAAUGCCAUAGAAGUCCUAGAGGGUGACCUCCGGUCACAAGCUUUGGCUAUGAGCCUGGCGGAGAAGUUCAACCGCCGCCGACCUAACGAACCACCGCUGCAUUUUGUGCAGCUGCAGCUGAUGCGCAUUGAUGUUAUGGGCAAGGAGAAGCUCAUGACGGUGGAGCCCUUCAUUCCUGGAGAGUACCGUAAAGAAACCAACAAUGCAAGCUUCGUUCGGGAGGGCUCUGACAUAGCACAAGCCUUUAGCCAUUUUUCCCAUGAUGUUACAGGCGGGGCUUGCAUGGUGGUGGACAUCCAAGGGGUCCGCGAAUCUCUGACGGAUCCACAAAUCCACAGCAAGCACUCAUGUUUCGGUCGCGGCAAUCUCGGCACCAAAGGCUUCGAUGCCUUCUUCAUGGUGCAUCAGUGCAACGAGGUCUGCAGGCACUUGAAGCUCAAGCCAAACCCGAUGCAGCUCAGCAGCCUCGCCCACGACUUGAUUGGGAGCUUGGAGGCCUGUCCGUGGAGCAUCUAUCACGUCCGGAAGUCAGCCAAGCAAGCGCUGCAAAAGAACGAGCAGGAUCCUGUUUGGAUAGGGGGUGCAAAGCUUGCCUGGCAUCCUCAGCGGAAGGUGCCGGUCGUGAUUGAUGUGAUGGACAACGUUGAGGUUUUUGUCAGAUUUGAACGAGGCAGCCAAGAUAGCAGAGCCUUGGAGUCCUGGUUGCAGACGACCGAUCAAGGCAAGUUCAAGCGAGAUUGGUCGGCAGAUGCAAAGAACAUUGCAGACGCUGGUGAAAUUAACUAUGUUCGGCGCUGCAAGCUGAGAAUAGGACACUUCUUGGCCGAAAUCCACCCUGUUGAGAUGGCAUCGUGCAGCAGACAGGAAACACUAGAGCUACUUUCCCAGUGCAGUGACGACGUGGACACAACACGUUCGGUGGAUUUGGUCUUCGACGGUCCGAUCUUGGGCAUACAGAGCGAAGCGUGGUUUCAGAGCUUCAAGAAGGUUGCCAAGAAACCAGCGAAAGAUGUUCAGGUCGACGUCGACACGCCCAAGGAAAGAUCUCUCGAAUGGCCUUGCGGUGGCAAGUGCGGCUCGAUGGUCCAACGAGUUCUAAAGUACAAUGGCAAGUUUCCGAAGUUGGUUUUUUGCCGACGGUGUUCCGCGAAGCGUCGCGCCAGCUGGCGAGCGCGGGUGUGCCGAGCAUUGGGAUGCAAGAAGUACGUGCAGUACAAGUUCUUUGAGUAUCAAGUGCAAGGCCGUCCGGAACCCGAACUCUGCCGAGAUUGCGCGCAACAGGACCACGUGGAACGGAAGCAGGAGGAGGACCCGUGGCGCAUGAAGCACUGCUUGGAGUGCAAGCAACAGGUGGAGUUCUAUUUGCCAGAAGAGCCUCAGCUGUGCCAGGACUGUGCCUGUCGGGGGGUGUGCCGGCAGGGCGAGCUGGAAGACACUGAUUGCAGUGAUGUUGGUUCCACCGAGUCGGAGUCGGAUGACGAGUGGUCCCUCAUCUCUGACAGCUUGCCGCAAAUAAAGAAAUACCCCAAUGCGAAGUGUGAGGAGUGCCAGGCACAAGUCACCGACAAAGGUCGCAAACUCACCUGCCAAUCUUCGAAGCAUUUCUUUUUCUUGUGUGGCACCAACGGAUGCGACAAGAAGUUCGAGAAGAAAUGCGAGGAACGGGCAGAGAAAAGGGGCAAAAGCGGUAAGAAAAAGAUCGAAUUCGCGCAGCAUCGAGGCUCCUGCCCCUGCCCUACAUGUGGCCUCCGCCUGCAGGAGGGCACCAUCGAAAGUGAGAUCCAAGCAUCCUUUAUUACCGAUAAAGGUCCGACCUGCUUUCCAUGGGGCACUUUGAUGCUGCUGCCUGGAGAAGACGGGACACUCAAGCCCAUCCAAAAUCUUCGAAAGAAUGACAAGAUUGUUUGCGCACUCGGGGACAGCGUCGAGGUGAAAUCGAUUGAGUGCACAGAAGAGGCAAAUCAGGAGCUGAUGUAUUUGCAAACAGAAACUGCCAGCUUGCUUGCAUCCAAAGAUCACAAAGUUCUUUGUCAGCGUGGCGACCGCUACCAACCUCUCCAAGCAGCAGCUCUUCGUUCUGGAGAUAGUGUCCUGAUCUCUGGAGGGCACCGUGAGCGGCUGCUGAGGACCGAACUUGUUCAGAAGGUGACGAAGCUGGUGGAGAUCUCAGUUUUCCCCGACCAUCCCCUGGUGGCAUUCCCACCAACGCCUGAGGCGAUCCAAAGUAUGGGCAAAGAGCAGCCGCGCACAAGAUGGCUUUUGACGAUCGACAUUGCAAAAUCUGGAUUUUCGAGGGGGCAUGAAGCUUUGUGCACAACCACGGUUGGUGCCAAGCGGGCCCUCGGAGGUUGGUUCGAGGGCAUGCAGUGCCCGUAUGUGUGCGAUCCAGGCUUUCAUGGCUUUGCCACGGCGGUUUGCAUGGAGGAUGGGGGAUACAAUGUCUCCGGCCGGUGUGCGCCGGUCUCCUGUGGUCAGCCACCGACGCUGCCGGAGGCCACUGCUCGCAUGGAAGACGUGAAGGCCGCUGCCAGCCAAAAUUUCACUUUCGGCGUGCUGAUCCGCUACUUGUGCGACCGGCCCAUGUUUCAUGGAGCACUGGUGGCCAAGUGCAACGCCUCGAGCUCAUGGGUUUUCUCCGGAAGCUGCCUCCAGGUCACUUGCGGAGAGGCGCCGGCGGUGCCCCAUGCGCAGCCGGUGGCUGCUGCAGCUAACAUGACGGCUGGAAGUGUGCUGCGAUACCGGUGUGACGAGUCCUACAACGGAACACCUACUGCGGCCUGUGGCUAUGACAGCGAGUUUGUAGUCUCCGGCCGCUGUCGGCGACAGUGUGGCACGCCGCCUUCGGUGCCGCACGCCGCUCCUAGCUUCAAUGAUGAAUUGCUAGCUGCUGGGUGGUUGUCAGGAAUGGGCGCCUCGUACCGCUGCGAUCCGGGCUUUGACGGCGCUGUCACAGCUAUGUGCGGUGAGGACGGGAACUUUUCAGUGCAAGGCAUUUGCAAGAUAGCAUCGGCUGUGGAGACGAACAGACUGCGCUCUAGCAUCACUGGCCUGUCAACCGCAAUCGGUGUGGAGAAUGCGCUGAUUCUGGCUGGCCUUGGAGUCUUUGGCUGGCAGAGAUACCGUGUCAACGCGCGAAGUGUGGGGAGCCCGGCGAACGAGAUGUCGUCGCCGAUCUGCCCAACAGAUGCAGAGCGACCUGCAUCGCAUGAAUGA